UCCCCAAAAGUUAACCACUCCAAACCAAACCCUCUUCUCCUUCUUUCCCCUAAAUUACAAUUUCAAAAUCAAAUCAAUUUUUCCUCGCAAUUCACCACUCUCACUCUUCACUCACUCUGUCAUUCCAUCACCAAAUCGGAAUUUCGCCGUAGCUCUGUCCCCGGAUGGGGCAGCCGUCUUUGCCGCCUCCACCGAUUGCCCCCCCGCCACCGCUGCCGCUACCGCCACCGGCUCAAGUUGGCGCCGUCGCCACCGGGGGGUGCCAGGUGCGUUGCGCUGGUUGCAAGAUGGUACUCACCGUGCUGCCUGGCUUGACCGAGUUCGUUUGCCCUACAUGCCAGUUGCCCCAGAUGCUACCACCUGAACUGAUGCGGUCUACCCAGGCCCAGGCCCAACAGCAGAGGAGUGCUCCGGCCCAUGGCAUUGAUCCGACUAAGAUCCAGCUACCCUGUGCCAACUGCAAGGCUAUACUCAAUGUACCCCAUGGAUUGUCGCGCUUUAAUUGCCCCCAGUGCCUCAUUAGUCUCGCUGUUGAUCUCUCCAAGAUUGGGCAAGUUUUACCUUCAGUCCGUCUUCCCAUGCCUCCUGAAGAAGUCAAUGAGGUGGCCAUUGAAGUGGAGCGGGAAGAAGAUGAAGGUGGCUUGGUUGGAGAAACGUUUAUGGAUUAUCGGCCUUCUAAAUUGUCCAUUGGUCCACCCCAUCCAGAUCCCAUUGUGGAGACAUCUUCCUUGUCAGCUGUACAGCCUCCAGAACCUACUUAUACUCUCAAGAUUAAGGAUGACUUAGAAAGUUCAAAGGCACUGUCGUGCUUGCAGAUUGAAACAUUGGUCUAUGCUAGUCAGAGGCAUCUUCAGCACCUCCCAAAUGGUGCCAGAGCUGGAUUUUUUCUUGGAGAUGGUGCUGGUGUGGGUAAAGGAAGGACAAUUGCUGGGUUAAUAUGGGAGAAUUGGCAGCAUGGGCGCAGAAAAGCAUUGUGGAUUUCUGUUGGUUCAGACUUGAAAUUUGAUGCUAGAAGAGACUUGGAUGAUGUUGGUGCUACAUGCAUUGAAGUGCAUGCUCUUAACAAGCUUCCUUACUCUAAACUCGAUUCGAAGUCUGUUGGUGUCAAGGAGGGAGUUGUUUUCUUAACAUAUAGCAGCCUCAUUGCAUCUUCUGAGAAAGGUCGUUCCCGUUUGCAUCAGCUGGUGCAAUGGUGUGGACAAUUUGAUGGACUCAUUGUAUUUGACGAGUGUCACAAAGCAAAAAAUCUGGUCCCUGAAGCUGGAGGGCAGCCAACAAAGACAGGAGAAGCCGUUCUUGACAUUCAGGCCAGGCUUCCUCAGGCUCGCGUCAUUUACUGUUCGGCAACUGGUGCUUCUGAACCACGCAAUAUGGGUUAUAUGGUUCGCCUUGGUCUUUGGGGAGCCGGAACAUCUUUUCCUGACUUCCGUGAAUUCUUAGGUGCACUGGAGAAAGGGGGUGUUGGAGCUCUGGAACUUGUUGCUAUGGAUAUGAAAGCAAGGGGGAUGUAUGUUUGUCGCACACUGAGCUACAAGGGUGCCGAGUUUGAAGAUGUUGAAGUUCCACUAGAGGACAACAUGAUGGAUAUGUAUGGGAAGGCAGCAGAAUUUUGGGCAGAGUUAAGAGUGGAAUUACUAUCAGCUAGCAUGUUUCUCGCCAAUGAGAAGCCUAAUCCAAGUCAACUCUGGAGACUGUACUGGGCAAAUCAUCAGCGCUUCUUUAGACACAUGUGCAUGUCAGCUAAAGUUCCUGCGGUGGUUAGACUUUCUAAACAAGCAUUGGUGGAAGAUAAGUGUGUGGUCAUAGGCCUACAGAGCACUGGAGAGGCACGAACUGAGGAAGCCGUGACGAAAUACGGUAUAGAACUUGAUGAUUUUGUCUCUGGGCCUCGUGAAUUAUUGCUGAAAUUUGUUGAGGAAAAUUAUCCCCUUCCAGAUAAGCCUGAACCACCUCCUGAGGACAGUGUGAAAGAGCUACAGAGAAAGAGGCACUCAGCUGCACCCGAUGUUUCAUUUGCGGGGAGAGUGAGGAAAGUUGCUAAGUGGGAUGCUGAAAGUGAAGAAGAAAGCGAGUGGCAAUCUGAAACUGACACUGAACCUGAAACUGAAUCUGAUGAUGAGUUUCAGAUCUGCAACAUUUGCAAUUCUGAGGAGGAAAGGAAGAAGUUGCUUCAGUGUUCCUGCUGCAGCCAGCUUGUUCAUCCUUCAUGUCUGAUUCCACCAGUUGUAGAAGUAAUAUCUGGGGAUUGGUCUUGUCACUCCUGCAAGGAGAAGACGGAGGAAUAUCUCCGAGCUAGACAAGCCUAUUAUGAAGAACUGCUGAAGAGAUAUGAAGCAGCCCUGGAUCGUAAAUUGAAAAUCCUAGAAAUAAUACGUUCAUUGGAUCUUCCUAACAAUCCAUUGGAUGAUAUUAUUGAUCAGCUUGGAGGCCCUGAUAAAGUAGCAGAGAUAACAGGGAGACGAGGCAUGCUUGUGAGGGCUUCUGGAGGAAAAGGUGUCACUUAUCAGGCACGAAACACGAAGGAUAUCACCAUGGAAAUGGUGAAUAUGCAUGAAAAGCAGCUGUUCAUGGAUGGCAAAAAGCUGGUAGCUAUCAUUUCUGAGGCUGGAUCUGCUGGUGUUUCUUUGCAAGCAGAUAGAAGAGCAGUCAAUCAGAAAAGAAGAGUUCAUUUAACUCUAGAACUACCUUGGAGUGCAGACCGAGCAAUUCAACAGUUUGGGAGAACUCACCGUUCAAAUCAAGCGUCGGCACCUGAGUAUAGGCUGCUUUUCACAAAUCUUGGUGGUGAACGCCGGUUUGCAUCCAUUGUUGCCAAGAGACUUGAAUCUCUGGGAGCGUUAACCCAGGGAGACCGAAGGGCUGGACCAUCUCUCAGUGCUUAUAAUUAUGAUAGUGCCUAUGGGAAGAGGGCCUUGAUGAUGUUGUACAGGGGACUCAUGGAACAGGAGCCUUUGCCAAUUAUUCCACCAGGGUGUUCACUUGAAAAACCUGACACAGUACAAGACUUCAUUCUGAAGGGAAAAGCUGCCCUUGUGUCUGUGGGAAUAAUUAGAGAUUCAGUUCUUGGUAAUGGGAAGGAAUCUGGAAAGAUUUCUGGUCGUAUAGUUGAUUCGGACAUGCAUGAUGUUGGGCGUUUCCUCAACCGCCUCUUAGGACUCCCACCUGAGAUUCAGAAUAGGCUGUUUGAGUUAUUUGUUGGCAUCCUCGAUCUUCUUAUUCAGAAUGCACGUGUUGAAGGGCAUUUGGACUCUGGUAUUGUUGACAUGAAAGCUAAUAGGAUUGAGCUGCAGGGAACACCAAAGACUGUUCAUGUUGACAGUAUGUCUGGGGCGUCCACUGUGUUGUUUACUUUUACGUUGGAUCGAGGAAUGACAUGGGAGUCUGCUUCCACAUUGCUUGAGGAGAAGCAAAAGGAUGAGUCUGGUUCAAGUAAUAAUGGAUUCUAUGAAUCAAGAAGAGAAUGGAUGGGAAAGAGGCAUUUUAUAUUAGCAUUUGAAAAUUCUGCUUCCGGAAUGUACAAAAUAUACCGUCCAAACCUCGGGGAGUCUAUCAGGGAGAUGCCUCUAGCGGAACUAAAGGAUAAAUACAGAAAGCUGUCUGCUUUAGAGAAGGCUCGUAGUGGCUGGGAAGAUGAAUAUGAAGUUUCGUCCAAACAGUGCAUGCAUGGUCCCAACUGUAAGCUGGGCAACUUCUGCACUACAGGUAAAAGGCUACAGGAAGUGAAUGUUUUAGGCGGCCUCAUUCUUCCGGUUUGGGGAACUAUUGAAAAAGCGCUUUCCAAGCAGGCUCGCCAAAGCCAUAAAAGGAUCAGAGUUGUGCGAAUAGAAACCACCUUGGACAAUCAACGAAUUGUUGGAUUGCUCAUCCCAAAUGCAGCCGUGGAAUCGGUGCUUCAAGAUCUGGCCUGGGUUCAGGACAUUGAUGAUGAGUGAGAGCCAGAGGUAAAAUGUACUUUUGCCAUUUCUCCGAGAAGGGGUCUUAAUCAACUUAUGAUUUAUGCUGGGAGGUGCUACAGAGUUGCACUUUUUGACUUGCUUUGGGCGAGGCCAGCCAUGAGCCGGCAGUGAAAGAAAUGUAAUUUUUGAGUUUUGUGGUCAAACAACGUCAAUGCAUAUAGCAGCAUUGUCCAUAUUCCAUUAUUUAGGGCCCAUUCCUCGGCAUAUGCAUAUUUGUUUUUUGUAUAUCAUAUGCAUUAUUAUAGUAGGCAAGAUAAGAAGAUUGUAACAUUCACUGUUCAUCUCAGAGAAUAUAUAUUCAAAUACAAA